AUGAUGAUCUUCUUCCAGACCAAUCCCACCGCCAUCUUUGUAUUUCUCAUUUCUCUCAUCCUCUCAUCCCACCACCUCUCUACAGCUAGCGACUCUGAAGCAGAUGCUCAUGACACUCCAUUUAGUUACAUUGAAGGAAGUGGUACAGGGCCAGAGGAUUGGGGCCAACUCAAUAUUCCACUUUGGAUAGCUUGUGGUAAUGGAACAAUGCAGUCUCCUAUUGAUAUUCAGCAGGUGCAGGGUUCAGCUCUAGGAGAAUUAGAAACGGACUACAAACCAGCUCCUGCUAAAUUGGUGAACAAGGGACACGACAUUGCAGUGGAGUGGACACAGGAUGCAGGAAAAAUUACCAUAAAUGGGACUGAUUACCAGCUGCUCAAGGUGCAUUGGCAUUCACCCUCUGAGCACACAUUCAAUGGAACAAGGUAUGACUUGGAGAUUCAUGUAGUUCAUCAAAGCUCCAGUGGAAAUUAUGCUGUUGUUGGAAUUCUUUACAAAAAUGGCUCCUCUGAUCCCUUCCUUGAAGAGCUGCACGACCAGAUAAAAUUGAUUGGGGAACAAAAAAUAAUAGAUCUGGGGAAUAUUGACCCAGAAGAUAUUGACUUUGACAGCGAAGAGUAUUACAGAUACGAAGGUUCUCUUACAACUCCUCCAUGCACUGAGCGCGUCACUUGGACAAUAUUCAAGGAGGUGAAGACGGUUUCAAAGGAGCAAGUGGAUGCCUUAAAGGCAGCCGUUGACAAGGGAUUUCAAUCAAAUGCAAGGCCAACUCAACAAGCAAAUGGAAGAGUACCAGAUCAGUAUAUGGACGACUAG